UAGCUUCCAAAACCCAUUUCAAUCUUCAUAAAUCAUAACAAUAUAAACCAAAAUACAAAAAGCAAAAGAAGAAAAACAAGUUCCUUUGACCUCUCCAAAUAUCUAACUAUAUCACCAAAACCAUACACUUAAAAUUUUCUCAUUUAUUCAUUAAAAAAAAAUGGGUGUUGUGUGCACAUGGGAAACUAAGAGGUUAGAGCUUGAUGUUUUUCACCGGAAUCAAGUGGCGGUGGCCGGAAUACACCGGAGAAAAGACGAUGAAGGAUUAAGAAAAAACAACAAUUUUUCUUCUUCUUUAGAUGAUGAUGACAAAGGAACAACCUUGGUGUGUGUUACUAGUGGUGUUUCUUAUUUUGGUCUUGCUUUGGUCAACCAUCUUUUGGUCUUGGGUUACUCUGUUCGAAUCAUUGUUGACAACCCAGAGGAGAUAGAGAAAUUGAGGGAAAUGGAAAGAGAUGGAAAAAUGAGAAGUAAUAAUAUAAAUUUGGAAAUAAUAAUGGCAAAGGUAAAUGAUGUUGAGAGUUUGGAGAAAGCAUUUGAAGGAUGUUUUGGUGUUUUUCAUACUUCUUCUUUUAUUGAUCCUGCUGGUCUCUCUGGAUACACUAAAUCAAUUGCUGAGAUUGAAGUGAGUGUAACAGAAAAUGUGAUGGAAGCAUGUGCAAGAACAGCUUCAAUUAAAAGAUGUGUGUUCACAUCAUCACUAGCUGCUUGUGUUUGGCAACACAAUUCACAUUCAAAUGUUAUUAAUCAUCACUCUUGGAGUAGUGAAUCACUAUGCAUAGACAAAAAGCUAUGGUAUGCAUUAGGCAAGACGAGGGCAGAGAAGGUUGCUUGGAGAAUAGCAAAUGAAAGAGGUUUGAAACUCACUACAAUUUGUCCAGCACUCAUCACUGGUCCUGAAUUUUGUCUUAGGAAUCCAACAGCAACAAUUGCUUAUCUCAAAGGGGCACAAGAAAUGUAUUAUAAUGGUUUGUUAGCAACAGUUGAUGUAAAGAAAGUGGCUGAAGCUCAUGAAAGUGUAUUCAAAGAAAUGAAUGGAAAUGCUUCUGGUAGAUACAUUUGCUAUGAUAAUGUAAUUGAAGGUACAAGUGAAGUAGAGAAGCUAGCUAAGGAAAUUGGUAUGCCUAAAGAUAAGAUAUGUGGUGUGGAUGAAUCAAACAAUUCUUUGCAUAGAUUUCAAUUGUCAAAUGACAAAUUAUGUAGACUAAUGUCUAGGCCACUUAGGUGUUUUAGUGAAUAUUAGGUCCAAAUCAUCAAACCAUGUUAUUAUGCUUUUUUUAGUGUGUUUUUUAAUGUGAGGUUUAUAGCAUGUGCCCUCUCAUGUUUUUAUGUUAUUUUGCAACAACAAAAAUUAUGUUAAAUUAUUUUAUUUUCAAUGAAA